GAGCCCCCAGCGGACCCCCCGCCCUCGGGGCAGCCUGAGGCAGCCCUGCCCUCCCCGGGAAAGCUCUCCUGCCACGCCUGCUCCGGGGCAGCCCCUGGGAGGGCUCAGGGCACUCCUCCAGCUCCGGCUGAAACCACAUCGAAUCCACACCAACAGGAGGACAACGGCGUGGGAAGAGGGGGAGGGAAGAAGGGCAGGACAACGCAACUCACAUGCCAGACUCGCAGCCGGCUCUUCCUCCAGCGAGCGGAUCCCGGGCGCUCCCGGGGAGCUGUGCCCGGGCAGAGGGAACAAGGAUGAGGCACCACCUGGAGCGCGCCGGCGGCGGCUGCGGCACCGCGGGCACCGCCCGCCCCGUCCGGCCCCGCUGAGCGGGGCUCAGCACCCGGACCGCGGAGGCUCAGCACCGCCGGGGCUCAGCACCCGGACCGCGGGGGCUCAGCACCGCCGGGGCUCAGCACCCGGACCGCGGGGGCUCAGCAACCGGAGAGAGGAGGUUCAGGACCGCGGACAGCAGAGGGUCAGCUCCAGGACAGAGGAGGUUCAGCACCGCGGACAGCGGAGGGUCAGCUCCAGGACAGAGGAGGUUCGGUGGUCCCCCAGCCCCGCGGACAGGGGAGGUUCAUCUCCCGGACAGAGGAGGCUCGGUGGUCCCCCAGCCCCGCGGACAGGGGAGGUUCAUCUCCCGGACAGAGGAGGUUCGGUGGUCCCCCAGCACCGCGGGCCAUGGGCGGCCGCGCCCGCGCCGCGCCCCCGCACUGACCGGAGCCGGCCCGACGCGCACAUGUUGAGGAACAGCAAUUCCAAAACCAUGCACCGAAGGCACACCACGCUCCGGGAGAAGGGCCGGAGACAGGCCAUCCGGGGCCCAGCCUACAUGUUCAACGAGAAGGGCACCAGCCUCACGGCGGAGGAGGAGCGUUUCCUCGACUCCGCGGAGUAUGGCAACAUUCCCGUGGUGCGGAAAAUGCUGGAGGAAUCCAAAACCUUGAACUUCAACUGCGUCGAUUACAUGGGGCAGAACGCCCUCCAGCUGGCUGUGGGCAACGAGCACCUGGAGGUGACGGAGCUGCUCCUCAAGAAGGAGAACCUGGCCCGGGUGGGGGAUGCCCUCCUGCUGGCCAUCAGCAAGGGCUACGUGCGCAUCGUGGAGGCCAUCCUGAACCACCCGGCCUUCGCGCAGGGGCAGCGCCUCACGCUCAGCCCCCUGGAGCAGGAGCUCCGAGACGACGAUUUUUACGCCUACGACGAAGACGGGACUCGCUUCUCCCACGACAUCACCCCCAUCAUCCUCGCCGCCCACUGCCAGGAGUACGAGAUCGUUCACAUCCUGCUCCUCAAAGGCGCGCGGAUCGAGAGGCCGCACGACUAUUUUUGCAAGUGCAAUGAAUGUAUCGAGAAGCAGAGGAAAGACUCCUUUAGCCACUCUCGCUCCAGAAUGAACGCCUACAAAGGAUUAGCCAGUGCUGCUUAUUUGUCCCUUUCCAGUGAAGACCCUGUCCUUACUGCCCUAGAGCUAAGCAAUGAAUUGGCCAGACUAGCCAACAUUGAAACUGAAUUUAAGAACGACUAUCGGAAGUUAUCUAUGCAAUGCAAGGACUUCGUGGUGGGGGUGCUGGACCUGUGCAGGGACACUGAGGAGGUGGAGGCCAUUCUGAAUGGAGAUGUCAACAUCCACUUGUACCCUGAGCACCACCGGCCAAGCCUGAGCAGGAUUAAACUCGCCAUCAAAUACGAGGUCAAAAAGUUUGUGGCUCACCCCAACUGCCAGCAGCAGCUGCUCACCAUGUGGUACGAGAACCUCUCAGGCCUACGGCAGCAAUCCAUAGCUGUGAAGUUCUUGGCUGUCUUUGGAGUCUCCAUUGGCCUGCCCUUCCUUGCCAUAGCCUACUGGAUCGCUCCCUGCAGCAAGCUGGGGCGGACCCUCAGAAGUCCCUUCAUGAAGUUUGUGGCCCACGCAGUUUCUUUCACAAUCUUCCUGGGGCUGUUGGUGGUGAACGCGUCCGAUCGGUUCGAGGGAGUCAAAAAUCUCCCCAACGAGACCAUCACGGAUCACCCCAAACAGAUCUUCAGAGUCAAAACAACUCAAUUCUCCUGGACGGAACUGCUCAUCAUGAAGUGGGUGUUGGGUAUGAUCUGGUCAGAGUGCAAGGAGAUCUGGGAAGAGGGGCCACGGGAAUAUGUGGUGCAUCUCUGGAACCUGCUGGACUUUGGGAUGCUGUCCAUCUUUGUAGCAUCAUUCACUGCCAGGUUCAUGGCUUUCCUCAAAGCCUCUGAAGCACAACAGUACGUUGACCAGUAUGUUCAAGACGAUGACCUCAACAACGUCACCCUUCCCCCAGAAGUUGCUUAUUUUACCUAUGCCAGGAACAAGUGGCUCCCCUCGGAUCCCCAGAUCAUUUCAGAAGGCCUGUAUGCCAUAGCUGUGGUACUCAGCUUCUCCCGCAUUGCUUACAUUCUUCCAGCCAACGAAAGCUUCGGCCCCCUGCAGAUCUCCCUGGGCAGGACCGUGAAGGAUAUCUUCAAGUUCAUGGUCAUCUUCAUCAUGGUGUUCCUCGCCUUCAUGAUCGGAAUGUUCAACCUUUACUCCUACUACCUUGGUGCAAAGUACAACCCCGCGUUCACCAC